ACCCCGUUCGCGCAGCCGCCCGCCACGCCUUCCUCCGGACGCCAGUCUGCGAGCGCCGAGCGCCCGAGCGCAGCCAGGUGUCGCCCGCCCGCCCGCCUCCGGCAAAUGUGACUUGCAGACGAAGGUCGCUGCAGUGGCCCGUGCUCGAUGGUGGCAAGGUGCGCGCACGCCGACGCCGGCGGGUUCCGCAUCUGGCCGAUCUUCUCCGCCGCCUCGCUGCGGAGGAAGGUGCUAGAGGUUCUCGCGUGCGGCGGCGGUGGCGGUGGCGGUGACGGAGGCGGUUCCUGCCGUGGACGGACGGCCUACCGGUCGCCACAGCGGAUUCCGAGGCCGAGACCGCGGUCGGACAGGCUCGCGGAGCUGCUCAGGGCCGAGCAGCCGUCCGAGUGCAGCGACGAGGCUGAGGCCGAGGCCGAGGCGGCGGCCAGGAAGGUGGAGGCGUUGGAGGAGCUGAAGGGCGUGGUGGGGGCGCUCCGGGACGGCGGGGGCGACGGCUGCAUGUCCCGCGUCGAGGCGGCCAUGGCCGUGCGGAGCAAGGCCAAGGACGACGCCGGCGCUAGGGAGAUGCUCGCGAUGCUCGGCGCCAUCCCGCCGCUCGUCGCGAUGCUGGACGAGGGCGGCGACGUGGGGGAGGAUGUCACGACCGCAGCGCUGUACGCGCUGCUCAACUUGGGGAUCGGCAAUGACACGAACAAGGCGGCGAUCGUGCAGGCCGGUGCCGUGCACAAGAUGCUCCGCAUUGCGGAGGGCGGCGCGCUAACGGAGGCGGCCGUGGUCGCCAACUUCCUCUGCCUCAGCGCACUCGACGCCAACAAGCCCGUCAUCGGCGCGUCCGGCGCCGCGCCCUUCCUCGUGCGCGCGUUCCAGGCCGCGUCCUCCACUGAGCAGGCGCGCCACGACGCGCUGCGCGCGCUCCUGAACCUCUCCAUCGCGCCCGCCAACGCGCUGCACCUGCUGGCGGCCGGGCUCGCGCCGGCGCUGGUGGCGGCCGUGGGGGACGGCCCUGUGACGGACCGCGCGCUCGCCGUGCUCUGCAACCUCGUGGCGGCCUGCCCCGAGGGCCGCCGCGCCGUGAGCCGCGCCCCCGACGCGGUGCCGUCCCUCGUCGACGUGCUCAACUGGGCCGACGAGCCCGGGUGCCAGGAGAAGGCGGCCUACGUGCUGAUGGUCCUGGCGCACCGGAGCUACGGUGACCGCGCCGCCAUGGCCGAGGCCGGCGCCUCGUCCGCGCUCCUGGAGCUCACGCUCGUGGGCACGGCGCUCGCGCAGAAGCGCGCGUCCAGGAUCCUGGAGAUCCUCCGCGCCGACAAGGGCAAGCAGGUCGCGGAAGACGCCUCGGGCGUCGUGGCGACGGUGUCGGCGCCGCAGGAGCGCGGGUGCCGCGGGGAGGAGUCGGUGGACGGGGAGUUCGCCGACGCCGGCAUGAGCGCGGAGAAGCGCGCCGUGCGGCAGCUGGUUCAGCAGAGCCUGCAGAGCAACAUGCGCCGCAUCGUCCGCCGCGCGCGGCUGCCGCAGGACUUGGCUCCGGCACCGACUGAGAGCCUCAAGGCGCUCACUGCCUCCUCCACCUCCAAGAGCCUACCGUUCUAGGAGAUCAUGCAGAAUCCAUAUGCCAGAAGAAGAAGAAAAAAACGCACAGGUAAAAAAGACGAGCUUAUUCAUCGCCGUCCCUUCACAGCUACACAUCACUGUUUUCGUCUGGAACCUUAAAUUCUAGCUAGUUGAUCAGUGAUCACUCAGCUACCAUAUCAACAUUCAACACUGAUCUUGCAGUUUGUCUGCCAUUGCAGUCGUUGGCUGAACCAUUGUCUCACAAAAGGCUGCUACUAAACAACAAGUCUAAUCAGCCAUGGAAAUUUCCACUUGGCCCUAGCAAACAAUAAUAUAUUUCCCACGAACCAACUAAGCACAUUUUUAGACUUUUUCUCAGUUUCUUUAAUCUUUGACCAAUGUCCAAUCCACCACAGCCAACGAGUACACGAACUUGAAGGGUCUAGUAGUAUUUUUGUACUGUCCUAAACUACAACAUCAGGCAUUUUUCUGGAAGAAGGUUGAAGUCUUGUUCCUGGCUUGGGUUGUGUCGUCAGUCGCCACUCCUUUACCUCGACCUCGAGAGCGAGACCGCGGUCAUUAACAGCUGCUUUGUUGCUUUCUGGGAAAGCAAGCUCGAGUCCCUACAGUCCAUUGUCGCCCCCUACCCAAAAAAGCUCGAGACAGGUCAUCAUCGCGCUCACUUUUGUUAGUUUUAUCCUGCAAGUCACAGCUGAAUAGCUCAUCCACUGUCAUUACUCCUGUAAACCAGCUCUGGAAUCCAUGGAAUAGUUUAUACUACUACUAGACAUUUUUCUAUAUCCUGCUGAACUGUACUGUUGCUUUUGAUGGCGGGCCAGACAGUUAAAAAAGAAGAAGAAGAAGAAAAACUCUCUCUGAAUCUGUCUUGGCAGCAGGGAAGAUGAGGCCAGGAGAGUUGAUGAGGAGACUUUGCUGCGUUCCGUUCCGUUGCUGCAUGCGUCGGAGACCGGGAAUCUUUCGGGCGCCCUGAAGCGGAAGCGGAGUGACGAGAAGAUGGGGGCUAAUCUAAAGCAGUUGUUUAACCGCGCUGCUCGUUGCCGCUUUUUUUUCUUCUCGUGCCUGCUGACGGAACCCACGUGCGCGGACCGACCUGUUCAAGUCCAGGCUCUGACAGACGAGAGCUGGCCUCGAGAUGUUCUCCUAAUCGCUUUCGCAUUUCUUAAUCGCCUUCGACUCGUUAUCUUCCGCUUCUGUAUAUGGGAAUAGCUAUAGGAUAGUAAGUAGUUUGUUUAGCCAUACUACACCUAGUGGUCAGUGUGUUCGGGGCUUGCUCUUUGGGCACAUGUUCUUUCUUGUUGUUGCUGAAUGUGGUAGUAGGGUAGUGGAAAGUCUUAGAAGAACUAGAAAGAGGAUGCGUGUGGACGUUUUAUAUAUAUGUAAACUAUGAUGAUGGUUUCAUCUUUGAGUACCUGAUUUCAGUGCACGGGACAGCUUCAGAUUUA